CUGCGAAAGCCUUGAGGAGUCCCCAGGGGGGCGCGGGUUGCGCCCGGUGGUGGCCGUGCCGAUGGGGGCAAAGCUGCAGCCCCUUGGCCGCCCACCCCGCAGCACGUCUGCACCCCCAAAAAAGCUCUUUAUUUGUCCCAGCUCUGCCUUGUUUUCUCCCCGCAGGGCUCUGCCCUGCAGCUGGGCAGGACUUUGGGGCUGGAGCUGGCUUCCAGCCCUCGCACCGGGGCUUUGCGCAGAGCCCACGGCGCGACCCCAGCCCCACGGCCGCGGUGGGGGGGCGCGAUGCCCCCCGGCGCUCUCCACCUUAAGAAAGCCGUCCCUCCUCUCUCUACCUUCACACCCUCAGCUCUGUUUCCCCUCCGGGCAGUUGGGUUACAAUAUUUUUAUCGGCCGGGCAGGUUUCCUGUUUGCAAUCCUCGCGCUCACGGGUGCGGACGGAGCGACCGCGGCGCUGGGUGCCCGGCACCGGCCCCGAUCCUGCCGGCUCCCGGCCACCCCUCGAGGGGCCGAGGCGCGGAAACGCCGAGCGCUGUGACCCUACAAGGCCUCUCCCAGCUCCUCUCCGCAGCUGGCCGGGCGGGGACAGCGUGGGGGGGUUCCUCCAGGGACCGUGGGAGCAGAGGCGCGCGGAGCUUUGCGCUUCCUGCUGCUUUUCCUCAGCCUCUCCCCAGCGGCAGCCGGAUUCCGGGAAAAAAAGGGGAUUUGGGGGAAAAAAAAAUCCCCCGCACGGUUGGGUUGCAGGAGGAAGGCUGGAGCUGCGCAGGGAGGUGGUGAGGAGCACAGCGUGGUCUCGUCCCACGGGGGGACGUCGCCCCCGGAGCUGGGCAGAGUGAUGGCUGAGGACUGGGGGGGUCGGGGGGGCGGCCUCCAACAGCACCCAGGAUGAAACCUCAGCAGCUCUCACCCUGCACCCGGGCAGCGUGGAGGAGCUCUACGAGCUGCUGGAGACGCUGGGCAGCGGGCAUUUCGGCGUGGUUCGGCGGUGUCCGGCGGCGCAGCACCGGCGUUUUCUACGCCGCCAAAUUCGUGAAGACGCGGAGGGGCCGGGGCAGCCGGAGGGGUCUGGAGAGGGCGCAGGUGGAGAGGGAGGUGGGCAUCCUGCGGGACCUGCAGCACCCCAACAUCAUGCGGCUCCACGACCUCUUCGCCAGCAAAAGCGAGAUGGUGCUGGUGCUGGAGCUGAUGCGCGGUGGGGAGCUCUUUGAUUUCAUCGCCGAGAAGGAGAUGCUGUCGGAGGAGGAGGCCAUCGGGUUCCUGGCGCAGAUCCUGCGGGGGGUGCAGUACCUGCACGCCCGCCACAUCGCCCACUUCGACCUCAAGCCCGAGAACAUCAUGCUGCAGGACAAGGACGUCCCCGAGCCCCAAAUCAAGAUCAUCGAUUUCGGGCUGGCCCAGAAGCUGGAGGACGGCGUCGCCUUCAAGAGCCUCUGCGGGACCCCCCAGUACAUCGGGCGAGACGGACGCCGAGACCCUCUCCAACGUCCUGGAGGGCGCCUACGAGUUCGAGGAGCAUCACUUCAGCCAGACCUCCGAGAUGGCCAAGGACUUCAUCCGGCAGCUGCUGGUGAAGGAACCGAGGGAGCGCAUGACGGCGUCCGAGUGCCUCGUCCACCCCUGGAUCAAGCCCCUGAGCAGGAAGCAGGCGGCGAAGCGGAGCCGUUCCUCCAUCAACAUGAAAAACUUCCGCAAGUUCAACGCCCGGAGGAAGUGGAAGCUCUCCUACAACAUGGUGUCCGCCUGCAACCGGCUGUGCCGCAUGCGGCUGCUCUGCGGCCCGCGCACGGAGGACGAGGAGCUGCGCGGCUGCGAGAGCGAGCAGGAGGACGAGGGCAGCCACCCCGCCACGCUGCUGCGCCGGCGGAGAAGCAGCUGCUCCUGAGCCCCCCCCUUGGGGAGGGGACCCCAAAACGGGGCCACACCACAAGAGGGGCCUCGGGGGGGCCCCCCCAUUCCGGUGGGACCCCCCCAUUCCGGUGGCUUCGAGCACCUGGGAGCUGGGGCUGCUGCCCAGCCCCAGUGCUCCCAGUCCUGCGGUGCUGGAGGGGCGCUGGGGCAGUGCCCCCGGACCGGGCUCUGCUGCUGGACCCCCCCCCCGGGGGGCUCUGCCCCCCAUUUCCCCGGAGCUGUCUCACGAAAUAAACGUCCCCCCCAUCCUCGUGUCCUGCAUCCA